AAGAACAACAACUCUCGAAGACAGCGGGAGAGCAUUGCCAUCGGAACCCGUACUUGUACCGUCUCAGACGAGAACGGGCAAUGCUUCCAACCCGUUUUGCUAACUAGCAUUUCUCUUCUCUCUCUUUUUAUCUCCGUCUUUGCUUCUGGGCGAAUUCCUCUCUCUUCCUUUCCUCCUCUCCGCCCCCCUCUCUCUAUUCUCAAGCCUACAAGCGGGGUGAAGUCCCCCUCCCUGAACAGCUCUCCGCCGCAUCCCAACCCCGAGGUCUGGCCCGCUCCACCAUCGGGGUUGCGGCGUUCCUGAAAUGAAUUUGACCUCGCGAGUCUUGAACCUGUUUUCGACGACAGCGACACCAGAUACCCCUGCUUCCGAUUCUUCUUUCCCGCAGAAACCUCGCAGUGGCAGUGACCUACACUCUCCUAGCACGAUAACGGGACACGUUACCGGCGAUGGCGCCCGUGUACAUCCCAAUGGCUCUGAGCAAGGACUGGUGGAGGAAGAGGAGUUCCGUCCUCCAUAUUUACAUGCAAUGAUUGCCGGCGGUACUGGAGGGACCUGUGGUGAUAUGCUGAUGCAUUCCCUCGACACGGUCAAGACGCGGCAGCAGGGAGAUCCACAUUUCCCCCCCAAGUACACCUCUAUGACAGCGUCUUAUGCGACUAUCUAUCGACAAGAGGGAAUUUUGCGUGGUCUUUAUGGCGGCGUGACCCCGGCUCUCAUAGGCUCUUUUCCUGGAACCGUUAUCUUCUUUGGUGUCUACGAAUUUACCAAGCGCCAAAUGCUGGAUAGGGGCGUCAAUCCGAGUGUGGCAUAUUUGUCUGGUGGCUUCCUUGCCGACCUCGCUGCCUCGAUCAUCUAUGUCCCCUCAGAGGUGUUGAAAACACGACUACAGCUCCAGGGACGGUACAACAACCCAUACUUCAAUUCCGGAUAUAAUUAUCGCUCCACAUCCGAUGCGUUCCGCCAGAUCGUUCGACAGGAGGGAUUCUCGGCUCUCUUCUAUGGCUACAAGGCCACUCUCUUCCGGGAUCUUCCCUUUUCCGCGAUGCAGUUCGCCUUCUACGAGCAGGAGCAUGCCCUAGCAAGGAAAUGGGUCGGCCACAGAGACAUAGGGCUUGGAUUAGAGAUCUUCACCGCAGCGACAGCCGGUGGACUGGCGGGCGUGAUCUCUUGCCCAUUGGAUGUUGUCAAAACGCGAAUCCAGACCCAGCAGAAUCCGGUUGCCUCAAGCUCGCCUUCUACAUCUCCUUCCGUGCCGUCCAUAGGCAAGGGGGAGCAUACGUUGGGUGGCGAGAAUCAAAAUCCAAGACAACAUCAUAAUCCUUCUUCUACCUCCCCCUCAAAUGUCCGCACACACGCACGGCCCAUCUCUACUUCUUCGCCUUCAACGUCUGUGCGGCCACCCGGAACCCCUCGUCUGGACACCUCGUCCGUGUUUACCGGGUUGAAGCUGCUCUACCAAGCGGAAGGCAUCGCCGGAUGGUUCCGCGGAGUGGGACCGCGUGGCGUGUGGACUAGCAUCCAAAGUGGGACGAUGUUGGUUCUCUAUCAAUAUCUACUAAGAAAGUUGGAGGCCUACCAGAAUAGAGCCGAAGUUGAGCCUCUAUGAGGUUUGUUCUAUAGAGUGUGAUUUGGCCUGCAUGGCAAUAUCGACAAGGGUUUGGCAUGUUGGAAGCGUUUGCGGUGUCGGCGUUCCGGCCUUCCUUUCUUUCUUCUCGUUUUCUUCAUCCUCUGAUAUUCUUGUUCUCUUUACCUUUUCUGGCAUGCAGUGGUCCUGGAUUGGGAGCUCGUGUUGAGCUUGGCCGUGGUAUGCAUACAUACAAACGCCUGUCCAUCUGCUUAGACAUAGAGAUCUCAUUUGAAUUGGCAAUGUAGAAUAUAUAUGACUUGAUACAAUGGAUGUUUGCUAUAUUAAAGCAGAGAAACAUGGCUUGAUGGGAGGUUGGGCAUAUAAUAUAUUGUGUUGUGUUAUGUGUUGUGUUAUUGCACGACUCGUGUUGAUGGGGCAAUCGAUGUAAACAGCAAAUCCGCCCGCAAGCCUAUCUUCAUCGUCA